GACGCGAAAGAGACACAAAGACGACGUGGUCACCCUUCCUACAAGACACAAGCCAUGCGCUCCCUCCUCCUCUCCCUCUUGUCGCUGGUCUCACUCAGCACAGCACUCAAGUUUGACCUUGAAGCACAGCCAGCAGGCUACAACCGUCCGCGCUGCAUCAAAGACUAUGUCGGUGCAGAUACCAUGGUUGUGGUGACGGCUCAUCUCUCAGGCACACAAGGAGAUGGUCAAAAAGUGGACAUCACCAUCACUGACUUGCAUGGCAAUCAAUACAACAAACCCCGUAACGUCGCUGGUGAGAGUCGUUCAGCAUUCACUGUGCAUCAGGAUACACAUAUCCUUGUUUGCUUUUACAACGAAUUGCAGUCGAAUGGUCAACAGGGUGCAGUGAGGCAUGUGGAGUUGGAUGUGGAUAUUGGUGCUGAUGCCAUGGACUGGGCUGCCAUUCAAAAAGCAGAAAAGCUACAGCCCUUGGAGGGAGAUUUGCGAAGGGCAGAGGAGACACUCUCGCAUAUCGUGGGUGAGAUGGAGUACUUGAAGCAACGAGAGGCAAAGUUGCGGGACACGAAUGAAUCAACAAAUGAGCGCGUCAAGGGAUUCGCUGUGCUUGGUAUGGUGACUCUGCUGGCGAGUGGUGUCUGGCAAGUUUGGUAUCUGCGUUCCUUCUUCCAGCGCAAGAAGCUCAUUUGAAAGCGCUUAUAGGCAGCUAAUUGACUCUACAACUUGUGAAACUUUGG